AUGAAACAACCCGCUGUACGGUUGGUGCGGCUGGGUCGCGUGCCAUACGCCGAGCUGUUGGCGCUGCAGGACCGCUGGCUGCGGCGACUGCAGGCCGAGCCAGGACCCCAGGCUUUGUCGGGGACUGAGGCGGGCGCGCUCCUGCUCUGCGAGCCCGCAGGGCCGGUGUACACGGCCGGGCUGCGCGGCGGCCUCACGCCCGAGGAAACUGUGCGGCUGCGGGCCUUGGGCGCUGAGGUGCGCGCCACAGGCCGCGGCGGCCUGGCCACCUUCCACGGCCCGGGCCAGCUACUCUGCCACCCGGUGCUUGACCUGCGGCGCCUCGGCCUGCGCCUGCGCACGCACGUGGCGGCACUGGAGGCGUGCGCUGUGCGCCUGUGCGAGCUGCAGGGCCUGCAGGGCGCCCGCUCGCGGCCCCCACCCUACACCGGCGUCUGGCUGGACGAGCGCAAGAUAUGCGCCAUCGGAGUCCGCUGUGGAAAGUACAUCACCUCCCAUGGUCUAGCUCUGAACUGUUCUACGGACCUCACGUGGUUUGAGCACAUUGUGCCCUGCGGGCUGGCUGGGACAGGCGUUACUUCCCUGAGUAAGGAGCUCCGGAGGCCCGUUGCUGUGGACGAAGUAAUGCUACCUUUCCUUGUGGCCUUUAAGGAGACCUACAAAUGCACGUUAAUCUCAGAGGACAUCCCCAGCUGAAGGGCGUUCAUGUUACCAAAGCCAGGAUGGCCCUGCCUUGGAAAGCACCAGAUCAGACUUGAAUCACGGAACUCAGAUUCUAGAUGAGGCCUGUUAUUCACUCACUAUGAGACUAAGGGCAAAUCGUGAGUUCUGAGCCAUUGUUUCCAUAUAUAUCCUGGUUUAUUUAUAUCUAUUCCUCACCUAUCUCAGAGAUACUAGAUAUGAAAACAUUAUAAAAAGCAACACAGUCUAUAUAAAACAUUAAUACUGAUAUUGACACCAGUUUCUCAACUUAGAGAAAUUCAGCUGUCAUAGAUUGUCAUUUCUAAAUUAGUUGUUACUUCCUGAAUACUGUAUCUAGUUGGGCAAUCCUGGGCUCUAGUUCCUUGGAUUUUGUGGGAAUCCAAUCUCUGGAUGGCCAAGGUGAUGUGAUGUGGUGCUUUUUCAUUCUCAAGAUACCUGGAUGCUUUCUGCAAUAAAGUGAAAAGGGAAAGACCUCUUCAAAGAAUAAAAUGUGAUCUUGUCUUCCUGGG